AUCCUCCAAACAACCACAACCUCAUCCGUGUGUCCAUCAACCAGUACAAGAGCCACAUCCCAAAAUGUCCAGCCCGGACGGAGCAACAACAACCCCACCGGCCGAAGUGUCAGUAAACCUCAACAUCUCCAAGCUGACAGCCACUGCACCCAUCCCCCACAACACCCACUAAUCCAUAAAAACAGAAUGACAAUCGCCUCCCCCAUCAACCUCAUCCUCCUCACCCUCUUCAUCAUCCUGGUCUACGUGCAACUCCGUCCCAAGGCCCCCGUCGCCCUCCCCAAAGCGCCCCCACCCGUCGUCUUCCGCACCUUCACCCCGACCACGCUCCUGCCAUACAACGGCACCGCCGAUCAACCCGUCUACCUCGCCGUGCGCGGCCGCGUCUUCGACGUCACCCCCGGCCGCAACUUCUAUGGACCGGGCGGACCCUACGAGAACUUCGCCGGUCGGGACGCGUCGCGCGGGUUGGCGUGCCAGAGUUUCGACGAGGAGAUGUUGACCAAGGAUCUGAAGGGUCCGUUGGAUACGUUGGAGGACCUGGAUGCGGACCAGUUGGAGAAUCUGCAGUCGUGGGAGGAGCGGUUCUCGGAGAAGUACUUGGUUGUCGGGAAGUUGGUGGCUGAGGGGGAGGAGGGUGUUUAAGUUGAGUGAGACUUUGAGGAGUUUUGGGGGGUGAAUGAAGUAAGGAUGGGAUGGGUGAGGGGGAUGAAGAUCAUAGAUAGGGCGGUGGUGAUGAACAGAAGGCUGCCAAACCAGAAUGUAGGGCUGGCUUGUUUAAGGUUGGAAUGAAAGGAUGGCGUGGAUUCGGGGUGUUGGAAAGGUACUGACAGACAAGUUGUAGGUUGGAUGAAUUAUGAUAUUAUGGUUGUUCAAUUUGUCGUCAUUCUGGUAAACCUCAAAAACGACACUACCAUAUCAGCACAGAAGCAGAAGUGUUAUGAAGAGGAAAUAAAGUAAAUUUCGAGACUAAU